CAGAUCACCCUCCAAAACAUUGACAGUUUAACUAAUAGCACUGGUGCCAUCACACACUACGCUAGACUUAAAGUCAAAAUUGGAUCACAAGCUCCUGAAGAAUACGACUUCUUUAUCACAGACAUCAGUUCCAAAAAUAUCAUCUUCAGACUACUGUGGUUAAAGAAAGUCAGCCCCAAUAUAGACUGGGAGACAGGCAAAAUGAUGCUUUCUGACAGCUCAGAAGCAUUGCCUAAUCCUUCUAUGUCACCAAGUUUAACUAAAGCCUGGGUGAAGGCUGGCUUGCUCGACAACGCUACAGACAAAGUUUAUUGCCUAGCGGGUUACACUUACUUGCAAAAAGUCACAGUCAAGCAGAAUAAGGAAAAGUACUCGAAGACCUUUGAACUUUUUUGA